GGACGCGCGGCCGCCUGCGGGGCCAGCGGUGCUGCUCGGGAGAGCCCGGAGGCCGGCGGUGAGAUAUUUCCGCAAGAAAGAAAUCACUCUCCUCCUAAGAUGGAAUCUGUGAUUUGGGAAUGUGGUUGAUCAACCUGAUAAGCUGGCCAGAUGUGCCCUAUGUAAUAAAAUGAAAAGAAGAUACAAGAUGAUGUCAUUUUCCCAUAUUGUGAAACCAAAAACAAAUGCCCUUUGUGAGACCAGGUUAACAGUGCUUUGACAGUACAGGGAGUUUUUAACUGAGGAGCCUAACAGAUACAGAAGGGGUACUUUCAAGCUGAGACCUGCAGGCGUAGACUGAUCUAAAACACAUCUUGAGUAGAUCUGAUUAUCCGAGCCUCAUUCUGAUCGAGGAAGAAUGGCUGUGAGCUGGAUUAUCUUUUAUCUUUGGCUCUUGACUGUGUUUCUGGGGCAGAUAGGUGGGCACAGUUUGUUUUCUUGUGAACCUAUAACCUUGAGGAUGUGCCAAGAUUUGCCUUACAAUACUACCUUCAUGCCUAAUCUUCUGAACCAUUAUGACCAACAGACUGCAGCUUUAGCAAUGGAGCCAUUCCACCCUGUGGUGAACCUGGAUUGUUCUCGGGAUUUUCGACCAUUUCUUUGUGCACUCUAUGCCCCUAUCUGUAUGGAAUAUGGACGUGUCACCCUUCCCUGCCGUAGGCUGUGUCAGCGUGCCUAUAGCGAGUGUUCAAAGCUCAUGGAGAUGUUUGGUGUCCCUUGGUCUGAAGAUAUGGAGUGCAGUAGGUUUCCAGAUUGUGAUGAGCCUUAUCCCCGACUUGUGGAUUUGAAUUUAGUUGGAGAGCCAACUGAAGGAGCCCCAGUUGCAGUGCAGAGAGAUUAUGGUUUUUGGUGUCCCCGAGAAUUGAAAAUUGAUCCUGAUCUUGGCUAUUCAUUUCUGCACGUGCGAGAUUGUUCACCACCAUGUCCCAAUAUGUACUUCAGGAGAGAAGAACUGUCAUUUGCUCGCUAUUUCAUAGGCCUGAUUUCAAUCAUUUGCCUCUCUGCCACAUUGUUUACUUUUUUAACCUUUCUAAUUGACGUCACGAGAUUCCGUUACCCUGAAAGGCCUAUCAUAUUUUAUGCAGUAUGCUAUAUGAUGGUGUCAUUAAUUUUCUUCAUUGGGUUUUUGCUCGAGGACCGAGUAGCCUGCAAUGCAUCUAGCCCUGCACAGUAUAAGGCUUCCACAGUGACACAAGGAUCUCACAAUAAGGCCUGUACCAUGCUCUUUAUGGUACUUUAUUUUUUCACUAUGGCUGGCAGUGUAUGGUGGGUAAUUCUUACCAUCACAUGGUUUUUAGCAGCUGUGCCAAAGUGGGGCAGUGAAGCUAUUGAGAAGAAAGCAUUGCUGUUUCAUGCCAGUGCCUGGGGCAUCCCUGGAACUCUAACUAUCAUCCUUUUAGCGAUGAAUAAAAUUGAAGGUGACAAUAUUAGUGGCGUUUGUUUUGUCGGCCUCUACGACGUUGAUGCGUUAAGAUAUUUCGUUCUUGCUCCCCUCUGCCUAUAUGUGGUAGUUGGGGUUUCUCUCCUCUUAGCCGGCAUUAUAUCCCUAAACAGAGUUCGGAUUGAGAUCCCAUUAGAAAAGGAAAACCAAGAUAAGUUAGUGAAGUUCAUGAUCCGGAUCGGUGUUUUCAGCAUUCUCUACCUUGUACCACUCUUGGUUGUAAUUGGAUGUUACUUUUAUGAGCAAGCUUACCGCGGCAUCUGGGAAACAACAUGGAUACAGGAACGCUGCAGAGAAUAUCACAUUCCAUGUCCAUACCAGGUUACUCAGAUGAGUCGUCCAGACCUGAUUCUCUUUCUGAUGAAGUAUCUCAUGGCUCUCAUAGUUGGGAUUCCCUCUAUUUUUUGGGUUGGAAGCAAAAAGACAUGCUUUGAAUGGGCCAGUUUUUUCCAUGGGCGAAGAAAAAAAGAGAUAGUGAACGAGAGCCGGCAGGUGCUCCAGGAACCUGACUUUGCGCAGUCCCUCCUGAGGGAUCCAAAUACUCCAAUUAUAAGAAAAUCAAGAGGAACUUCCACUCAAGGGACAUCCACACAUGCUUCUUCAACUCAGCUGGCCAUGGUGGAUGAUCAAAGAAGCAAAGCAGGGAGUGUCCACAGCAAAGUGAGCAGCUACCAUGGCAGCCUCCACCGGUCACGUGAUGGCAGGUACACUCCCUGCAGUUACCGAGGAAUGGAGGAGAGACUACCUCACGGCAGCAUGUCACGGCUGACAGAUCACUCCAGGCACAGUAGUUCUCAUCGGCUCAACGAGCAGUCCCGACACAGCAGCAUCCGAGACCUCAGUAACAACCCCAUGACUCACAUUACACAUGGCACCAGCAUGAACCGUGUUAUUGAAGAGGAUGGAACCAGUGCUUAGUCUUUGAGAUGUGAUCUUGCCAAAGC